AGAAGAUAUGUGGUUUUCCUUCACUAAAUCUUGCUCUAUAUAAACCCCUUGUCUUCCGUUGCCAAUUCGAAAACAAAUCUUCAGAUAUCAAAUAUAUUUAUUAUUCUUCAUUUCAAUCCUUCAGAGUACAACGAUAUGGGGUUGAAGAUGAUGAAGGGUUUCAUGUUCCAACUGUUUCUUUUGCUACUUUCAUUGGCUUCUUUUCAACAUAGUGAAGCUAUGAUGCACAAGUACACAUUUGUCAUUAAAGAAGUUCCAUACACAAGACUUUGUGGCACGAAAAAUAUCUUGACAGUAAAUGGUCAAUUUCCAGGGCCGACAUUGCAUCUACGUCGGGGUGACACCACCAUUAUUCGCGUCUUUAACAAAGGAAACGAAAACAUCACUAUUCAUUGGCAUGGAGUAAAACAACCGAGAUAUCCAUGGUCAGAUGGUCCAGCCUAUAUCACACAAUGCCCAAUUAUGCCUGGUAAAUCUUUCACCCAACAAAUCAAGCUCUCUGAUGAGAUUGGAACAAUGUGGUGGCAUGCACAUAGUGAUUGGUCUAGAGCUACCGUUCAUGGUGCAAUCAUUGUUUAUCCUAGAAUGGAAGAUGUCUAUCCAUUUCCUAAGCCUAAUGCUGAAGUUCCUCUUGUCUUAGGAGAAUGGUGGAAGAGUGACAUACAAGCUGUUGUUAAUGAAUUUCGAAGAACCGGGGGAGACCCUAACAUUUCUGAUGCUUUUCUCAUAAAUGGUCAGCCUGGUGAUCUUUAUCCGUGCUCGAAACAAGAUACAUUCAAACUGGCAGUGGAAUAUGGCAAGACAUAUUUGCUCCGAAUGGUCAAUGCUGCCAUGAACAACAUUCUUUUCUUUGGAAUCGCAAAUCAUAAUCUUACAGUGGUCGGAUCAGAUGGUAGCUAUUUAAGGCCAUAUACAACUGAUUACAUUGCCAUAUCCCCCGGAGAAACCUUUGAUGUCUUCUUAGAAGCUAACCAAAAACCCGAUCACUAUUACAUGGCUGCCAAAGCUUACCAAAGUGUCGUUCCUCCACAAAUUGACAACACAACAACGACAGGAAUCAUAGAAUAUGUAGGAAAUUACACUCCAUCUUCACCCCCAAUUUUUCCUAAUCUUCCUAGGGUUAAUGACAUAAAUGCAUCCCAUUCUUUCUUUGCAUCACUAAGAAGCUUGGGAAAACAAGUUGAUGUCCCCAUAGAUAUUGACACCAAGCUUUUCUUUACCCUUUCCGUAAAUUUACUUCCUUGUGAAGCAAAUAAUACAUGUGCCGGACCUGGAGGCCGAAGAUUUGCGGCCAGUGUUAGUAACAUAAGUUUUGUAGACCCUAAAAUUGACCUACUUCAAGCUUAUUAUGGUCGGGUAAGAGGGAUUUACAGAGAUCAAUUUCCUAGUUUUCCACCUUUGAGAUUCAAUUUCACGGGGACUAAUCUUUCGGCUUCUCUACAGUUGCCUACUCGGGCGACCAAACUUAGGGUUCUUAAGUAUAAUGAUAAUGUUGAGAUAGUUUACCAGAACACGAAUUUACUCAAUGGGAUUGAUCACCCAAUGCAUUUACAUGGCCAUAGUUUUUACGUGGUUGGGUCUGGAUUUGGAAACUUUGAUCCCAUAAAUGAUCCUUUGACUUAUAAUCUUGUUGACCCUCCUCAUAUUAACACAAUUGCUGUCCCAAGGAACGGUUGGACAACCAUCAGAUUCAAGGCAAAUAAUCCAGGUAGGGUUUUAAAGUUCGCGAAUGAAAGUUAAUUGUGUUGUCACAUCAGUUCUUAUCUUACAAAGUCGUUCUUGAAUCGCUUUAUAUGAAAAAUUUGAUGUGACAACAAAAUCAACUUUCAGUAGCGCCCACGAAAAUUAAAAUCUUUCAAUGAUCAUCGUUACUAAUUAUUGAGUUGAAUUGUAUAUAUUUGCAGGAGUUUGGCUGAUGCAUUGCCAUUUAGAGCGUCACAUAAGUUGGGGAAUGGAGAUGGCCUUCCUUAUAAGAAAUGGUAAAAGGCCCGGAGAACAAUUGCUUCCUCCACCUCCAUAUAUGCCUCCGUGUUAGUUAAUGAUCACUGAGUCAUUAAUUCAAAUGUAACAAAUUAAUAAGUAGCAUUCAUGCAAUUCUUUCAUUUUCCAUGCAAAUUCCAUUAAACGAAUGUAACAAUAAGGUCUUGAAAUAUGCUACUUGUAUUCUUUUGGUUUCAAAGAUGUACUAUGAUUAAAUUUUCCACUAAUACCUUUCCCGCUAACUUGAAAUAUCAAAAAUAUCUUUAAAACGAGAUUCUUUCAAGUUACACUAUCUUUAAUUAGUCGAAUCAUUGACCUUAAUUUAGUCAAGUAGUAAGAAAACGACUAGUGAUGGUUCUUUUACUCUAUAUAUGUCGGUCUGUCCAUACUAAUUAACAUAAGCAAACAAAUUAGAACUUAUUCUAUAAGACAGAAACAAAAUAUAGUUUAGUUUUAAUCGUGUUUAUUUAUAAUCAUUCAGGUAAAUUUUC